UUCGCUUACAAACCCUCUCUUUCUGGACCUCCAUCUCGCCACUUCCGUUCCUCCAAAUACCUUGCCUUUUGCGCCGCUAAAACUGUGGCUUCUUGCCCCGCCCAUGUCGUACUCUGAAGUGGACGCUUCCUCCCUCACGCUCUUCCUCCCCCGAGCCGCCCUCUCCCCGAUCCUCGCCGUGACCCUCAUUGCUUUCUCCGUCCUAUGGUUCUUCCCCGGCGGAAUCGCCUGGGCUCUCUCCAGGGCCCACGCGUGCUCCAUCCCCGGCCCGUCCGGCUUCGUUUCUGCCCUCUCCGGCUCCGCAGCCCACCGGGUGCUCGCCGGGCUCGCCAACUCGCACAAGGCCAUCGAUUUGAUGGCAUUCUCCGUCGGCUUCACGCGGUUCGUCGUGUCGAGCCACCCCGACUCGGCGAAGGAGAUCCUCCAGAGCUCGGCCUUCGCCGACCGCCCCAUCAAGGAGUCCGCCUACGAGCUCCUAUUCCACCGCGCCAUGGGGUUCGCCCCGUUCGGCGAGUACUGGAGGAACCUGAGGAGGAUCUCUUCCACCCACCUGUUCAGCCCUCGACGGGUAGCCGCGUUCGGCGAGCGCCGGAGGGCGAUCGGGGAGCAAAUGGUGGCCCACGUCCGGGACCUGAUGGCGAAGAAUGGCGUGGUGGAGGUGAAGAAGGUUCUGCACGUUGGGUCUCUGAACAACGUGAUGAUGAACGUCUUCGGCAGAAGAUACGACUUUGGCAAGGGUGAGGGAUCGGAGCUGGAGGGGCUGGUCAAAGAAGGGUAUGAGCUCCUUGGUCUGUUCAAUUGGGCUGAUCACUUCCCUCUACUGGGGUGGUUGGACUUGCAAGGGGUGAGGAAGAGGUGCAGGAGUCUAUCGAAACGAGUAAAUGCCUUUGUGGGGGGCAUCAUAGAGGAGCACAGGGUGAUGGGCAGGAUUAGUGGAGGUGUGGUGGAUGGCGCAGGAGACUUUGUGGAUGUGCUUCUUGGUCUGGAAAAGGAGGAGAAGCUUUCUGACGCCGACAUGGUUGCGGUUCUCUGGGAGAUGAUCUUUAGAGGAACGGACACCGUUGCCAUCCUCUUGGAAUGGAUAAUGGCCAGACUGGUUCUGCACCCCGACGCCCAAUCCAAAGCGCGGUCGGAGAUCGACGCCGUCGUCGGCAACACACGCCCUGUUACUGAUGCGGAUAUCGUCAGCCUUCCUUAUCUGCAGGCCAUCGUGAAAGAGUCCCUCAGGAUGCAUCCACCUGGUCCGCUCCUCUCGUGGGCUCGCCUCGCCGUACAUGAUGCUCACGUCGGGAGCCACUUCAUCCCCGCCGGCACCACUGCGAUGGUGAACAUGUGGGCGAUAACGCACGACGAGUCCAUCUGGGCGGAGCCUAAUGAGUUCAAGCCCGAGCGGUUCACGGAGGAGGACGUGAACAUUCUGGGUUCCGACCUGAGGUUGGCGCCGUUCGGUGCGGGGAGGAGGGCCUGCCCGGGGAAGGCCAUGGGAUUAGCUACUGUUCAUCUUUGGCUGGCGCAGCUUCUUCAGAGCUUCAACUGGGUGCCUGCAGAUGGUGGUGUGGAUCUAUCAGAACGCUUGAGGAUGUCGCUCGAGAUGGAGAAGCCUUUGGUAUGCAGAGCUGUUCCAAGGUGCUGAGGGGUUUUGUUGGGAAGAAAUGCUAUAGGAAAGUGCAGUGCUUGGAGAUCAUUUUGUCCAUGGCAUCCCCAUCACCUGCCCAACUUGAUAGUUAGGGUAGAAGUGCUGCUCUGACCAAAGAAUGUUGAUAGCAAGUGUUUUGUA